GUCAUUAGUUCCUUUGUCUCCUUACUUGCAUAGGUAGGUACACUUAGCAGGCACAAACGCACUACCUAAGUAGGUAGGUAUCUAAUUACCUAAGUAGGUUAAGCACCUAGGUGGGUAAUAUCGUUACCAGCAAAAUCAUUCGAACAAAAUAAUCCAGAUAUUGAACCGCCUACAAACCUGAUACAAACCCUGUCGCUAUACAUUAUGGUCUAAGAGAUGGCUAGCCAGCUGAGUCGAGGUGGCAAAAGUGUCAGCUGGCGGCUCCGAGGCUGUUUCUUAUUCUAUAUUCCAAGGAUCUCAUUAGUUCCUGCGAGAGGUACGGGUCUGGUACGGGCCUCCAAAUGCGACAUACGACGUCACAGGCCCCCACAUAUCAUUUAUGGUCGAUAUCGCCCUACUAUGGUAGCUUUUCGAGAUUGGGUUCAUACAAAAUCUCUAAAGAAUCGCUUGGCAACUGUGGAAUAUUAGAGGCAAAAAUAAUACGGCAGAAAUGUCUACAGAUAAUAAGGACACUGCGAAUGUCGAUGCCACUGAAGUCGCAUCUAUACACGAUAUUGGGCCGCCGUCCGUGGAAGAAGACUAUGUGAACCCUGCAGACAAAAGCCCCCGUUGGCUUCUAGGGGCCCACGCCUAUACCCUCCGGUUGCUUGCUAGCCUCGGAUUUCACAUUGGUAACCGCUCAGGCUUACCCACGAUAUCCCCUACAGAAACAAUAUGGUUAGAUUCUACACUGAGCGAAUGGAAAGGCGAGCAGAAGAUCAGCACCGACGUAUGGCUUCCGCCGGACAACUCACAGUCACCCGAUGACGAGAAAAGACCUGCUAUAAUUAACUUUCAUGGCGGCGGUUUCAUCCUCGGCCAGGGAACCGAUGAUUCGCGAUGGGCCAAUCUCCUCGUGAGCAGCUUGGGCGCUGUGGUCUUCUCGGUCAACUAUCGGCUUGCGCCGGGCUACCCAUUCCCGACUUCCGUGGAAGACUGCACCGACGCUAUCCUGCAAAUAUACCGACUGGCUGAUCGAUACAAUAUCGACACCAACCGCAUCACGCUAUCUGGCUUCUCUGCCGGUGGGACGCUCGCCAUGAGCAGCUGGCUCUGCUUGACGGACCCGGCGAGGUGGAAGUACGAUAUCCCAGGGCCCCGACCGAAGAUUGCCGGCCUCGUCUUGUUUUAUCCCUUGCUCGACUGGACCAUCGAUCGGCCCCAGAAACGGAGUGCUUGCGAACAUCCAGACAAGACACUACCGAGCGGGUUAACGGAUCUGAUCGAUGCGUCGUACUUGCAUCCUCCCAUUCCACGACGCGAACGAACCGACCCGCGGCUAUCACCUGGAUUAAUGCCCGACGAGCUUCUAGAGCAACUACCACCUAUUCAUCUGUGUCUCUGCGAAUACGACAUGCUCCUUGCCGAGGGCAAGUUGUUCGCAGAGAGACUGGAGAAGCGCGGCAAAGACAUCACUGUCCGGGUUCUCGAAGGCGAGAAGCAUGCUUGGGACAAGCCUAUGCCUUUGGCGCCGAAGGAAAGCGUCGCGUUUGAGUACGGCAUUGCGAUUGCUGCCAUGAAGAGGUGGCUCGGCGCGCUGUGAAGACUAAGAGAUGACUACUAUGUUGACGAGAAUUGUUGUUCAAUUAGAACAGACGACAUUUAG